AUGACAAACAGGGUUUUACUCACUUGCUAUUUAUAUAUUUUAGCAGAGUCAAUUUCUGGUUAGAGUUGCUUUAACAAAGGAUUUCCAAUGUACAUAAAAUUUGAUAAAACUGUAUGGUUGACUCAAGGAGAAUUUUUUGGUGAUUCUCUGUACGUAGGGGGUUCAACUUGGGAUGAGGUUAGGACUUAAUCAUAUCAAAAAUACAGUCCUUUUCUAAUGAGAAUUAAAACUGACAGUGAAAUAUACUGGUCCAAAGCUAUAACUAACUUUAUAGGUGGUAGUGAAUCUAUUAAAGUAAAUAAUGGAAUGAUUUACUCAAUCUUAUAUACUCCAUAUUCUCAAGAAAAUUACUUUUUGCCUUUGAAAAAAUAAUCAAUGGUCGUAAUUGACAAUUAUGUUUACAUUACCUACACAAAAAUUAUUCAAUCACUAUAAUACUUUAAAGAGAACCUUAAGGAAUAUCAAAUUUCAAUAAUAAGAUUAACUUAGAAUUCAAACGGUUUUACUAGUUAAGAGAUUUUAACCUAAAUAGGAUAAAGCAAAGGUUCUCGAGCAGGAGGAGUUAUAUAUUCAGGAAACAACCUCUUUUUUUCUGGGACUGUGUAAUUUCAACAGUCUUAGGAGAUUUCUCAUUAUACUAUGAAAUUUGACAAGAAUUUUAAUUUUAAAAAAGAAGAUUGGAAUCUCAUCAAAGGAAGCACUUUGUCUCUGCAAUCUCUGGUGCUUAUUUACCAUGAGGUGUUUGAGCCUGUUCAAUCUGAUUCUAAUAUCUAAUAUAUGGCUCUCUAAAAUGAUACAUAAAUGCUUAGACGUUUCAUUUAUUUGAGAGUAGAUGGUUAAAGUGUAGCUGGAUACAAGCAUGAAAUUGCAGAUAAAAAUACCAAUUUACUAGCGAUAAGUUAGAAAGGUUCAAAUAAAUUCCUAUUAGCAAUAAUAUUAUGUAGAAGAUUAGUUAGUGAAAAUAAAAGUUAUAUUGCUACUUUGAACUUCUUAACGGGAGAACUCAUACUAAUUGAACAUAAGUAAAUGUCUUUGAAAAUUGCAUUAGCUGCUAUAAUAUCUGAUAAAUCAAAUGAACCUUAUAUCUUUCUACUUGGCUAUGCAUAAUCAUUCUCAAUGGAUGGUUAAGAUACAGGAAUAGUAAGUGAAAUUACAGGCAAAUCUCCUUAUUGUAGUUAGUAAUAAUAAGAGUUAGGUCACCUUACUAUGAUGUAUCAAUUCAAAAUCCAAGAAUUACUGACUAUAGUAUUUGCUCAAUUGAUACUUUAAAUCAUGAUGGACACGAAUUAAUUUCUUCGGCAAAUCAAUAAAUAUUAAUAACCCUUAUUCCUAUGA